AUGAAGUUCGGCCGGUUGGAAGACACGCAUUCUCUUUUGGCUUUGACCUGCUCGGCACUGAUCAAGAUGGCGCCUGGAAACAGGGACAUCUACUUCGCCCACACCAGUUGGUUCACGUACAAAAGUAUGUUGAGGAUACAGAAGAUGUACAAGUUCCCUUGGCACACAGCUGCACAAAGCCAUGUUGUUCCCGGCCAUACCAUAACCAUGUCGUCUUACCCUGGCUGCCUGAACUCCUUCGAUGACUUCCAUUUGACGUCGGCAGGCUUGGCCGUGAUGGAAACCUCACUGAAGAACACCAACCACCAGUUGCUGCGACGCGUACGUCCCAACGCCGGUCCUCUGACUUGGGUCCGUAACAUGGUUGCCAGUAGGCUCGCCACCAGCGGCUCGCAAUGGGCGGCCGUAUUCUCGAGGUUCAACAGCGGAACGUACAACAACCAGUGGAUGGUGCUGGACUACAAGCUAUUCAUGCCGGGGCAAAGCAUCCAACCAGGAACGCUCUGGCUGGUAGAGCAAUUGCCGUAUAAUCACAGGAUCCACCGCGUAGCGCAGCAAGCGUGGCCGCUGCACCUGGUGCUGCGGAGGAUCGAACGGUCCACAACCCGCCUCGCUGUCGCGGCUGAGAGGACCGCAGCAGCGCAGGAGGCCGUGAUCGAGGAGAAAAGGUCCACAAUGGCGCGGCGCUGCUGCCUUCCUCUGAGCAGCACGUCGCGCGGUGUCAGCACCUGGCUCUCCCCUGGCUCCUCAGCUGCUGGCACGUCCCCAUCACACCCGUCGAAUGUCCAGUCUCCCGCAUCCAAGAACAUUGCGCAUGGAUGCGUGCUCGUUGCUGUACUGGCCUUCGGAGGUGUUGCCGGCAUGACUGCCAAGGACUGGAGUAAGCAGCCAUGGCUCGGGGGGAUAUCCUGA